CUAGUUAAUACUACAAGUUUAUAUACCACAGUCCCAAUAAUUCAUAGCAGAACACACCACUAAGCCUUUUUUUUUUUUUAAUUAUCAAUAGCGAGGAUUUUACUCUAAAAAUUACAAAACCUUGUGUAGCCAAAAUAUAGAUCUGGCUAAUUCUCAUUUUGGUAAGCUGAUUCUCAUUUUGCUCGCCUGUAAAAUUUUGAUUGCAGCACAGGUUGAGAGCCUUUUGACAAGUUCUUGGUUGCAAAUUGGUACUAAAUUUUUUGUUACAUUUUAUUUUUUUGAUGAAAUGGUUUAGUUGAAUUCAUCUCAUGCUGUAAGUUGCUAUCAUGGCUGGACUUAGGUUUUCUAUGCUAAAAAAGUCUUUCUGUAAUUCCAUCAACCCCACUUCACAACGUCAAUCGCUUCGAUUUUAUAAUGUUAAUGGAAGUAGUCUAAGAUCAGCAUCUGCUAUCAUAAAUGGAGAUUAUUACAAAGAUGAAUCAAAAUUGGCUGGAAAUCUGUCAAAUAUUAUAGCUAUGAGAUCUGAUGCUUGUGUCAAUAACCAAUGUUAUAAGAAGAAACCCAUGAGAGGAUUUUUGUCAACUUCGUCAAAUGUGUUGCUUCGAAGUGCUGUUCCUUUCUUUUCAAUGAGCCCCGGGUUGAGCUGUAGAUCAUUCUCUUGGUCUUCUGGUGGCAAAGUUGAUAAAUCUGGGGCUAGUGAAGUUUCAGCUUCUUCCAGUGGAAGUGAUGUGGACGUUAGUAACAGUGGUGGUAUUGGAAGUGACUGGAUUGAUAAGGUUAAAGAAGCUUGGCAAAGUGCAGUGCAUGCAGUAACUUAUUCUGAGCAAAAGGCUAAAGAGAUCUCCACUGAACUGACCCCUUAUGUUCAGCAGUUGCUUGAUUCGCAUCCAUAUCUUAAAAAUGUGGUUGUUCCAGUUGGUUGGACUUUGACUGGUACUGUUGUGGCUUGGGUGGUUAUGCCUAGACUUUUGAGGCGAUUUCACAAGUAUUCAGUGCAAACUCCUGUUGCUUUACUAUCUGGAGGCACAUCUGGUGAACAAAUUUCAUAUGAGAAGAGCAUUUGGGGUGCUUUGGAAGAUCCUUUAAGAUAUGUAAUCACCUUUAUGGCAUUUUCACAAAUUGCUGUGAUGGUGGCACCUACUACAAUUGCUUCUCCGUAUAUAGCACAAGCAUGGAGGGGUGCUGUUAUUCUUUCUUUUGUAUGGUUUCUGCAUCGGUGGAAGACAAAUGUGUUUAAUCGUGUGAUAGCUUCGGCAACAGUUGAUCGGGAAAAGCUGUUAACUCUUGAUAGAGUUUCUUCUGUUGGUCUUUUUGUUAUUGGAGUGAUGGCUUUAGCUGAGGCUUGUGGGGUUGCAGUGCAGUCUAUACUUACUGUGGGUGGCAUUGGAGGAGUUGCUACCGCUUUUGCUGCCAAAGACGUCCUUGGGAAUGUGCUCAGUGGGUUGUCUAUGCAAUUUUCAAAGCCCUUUUCACUUGGAGAUACAAUAAAGGCUGGAGCUGUAGAAGGUCAAGUGGUCGAAAUGGGACUUACCACCACUUCAUUAUUGAAUGCUGAGAAAUUCCCUGUCUUAGUUCCAAAUGCAUUGUUUUCUAGUCAGGUAAUUGUGAACAAAUCUCGUGCCCAAUGGCGUGCGAUGGUCUCCAAAAUUCCUGUGACAGUUGAUGAUGUGGAGAAGAUACCCCAGAUAUCAAAUGACAUCAAGAACAUGCUAAAAUCCAACGCAAACAUUUUCUUGGGAAAGGAGGCUCCUUACUGUUACUUGUCUAGAAUAGAAAGUUCAUUCGCAGAAUUGACUCUUGGGUGCAAUCUCAAACAAAUGAGCAAAAAUGAAUUAUACUCCACGGAGCAAGACAUUCUUCUGCAGUCAGUCAGGAUAAUAAAGGAGCAUGGUGCUAGAUUAGGCAUCACUACUACCAGUCAGUGAUACAGUGACAAUGCUGGUAAACGAGAUUCCGCAUGGUGAAGCUUGGACCCUUCUCUACACGCACUCAACUUGAAUAUCAUACUGUGCAGAAACCUGUAUCAUAAUGUUGAUUCUUGUGUUCGAGUUGUUAUGGUGCAUCUGAAAAGAAAAGAAAAAAAAAACUGUUGUGGUGUAACGGCUGACAAGAUACAAACUCUAGUCGACUGAAGAACAGGUUUUCAACUUUCUUGACCAACAGUAGUUGAAAGUUUUGAAUCCAUUUGUUCAGCUGAAAAGGUAUCAUUUCUUUCUUUCUUUUUUGUAAAGAAAAAACCAAAAAGCCAGAACAUGCUUCAUGAGGAUUAUUCUUGCUUUGUGUAGCGAUAGACCAUGACAGCAGUCUUAAAGAGCGUCGACUUCAAAUA